UGGUUAUAAUUUCCCAAGCAGAGACGCUCCUGGUUUUUUCGGCGAACGAGCGGUGUGCGAACGGAGAUCAGUUGAGCGAACGGAAAUUUCCGGGCGUGCAGCGGCCGGAGAUCAUGGUAACGGCCGGUGAGGGAAAGAUUCCGGCGAAGAUGGGCGCCAGGGUUUUGUUCUAUUCGAUGUUGCUCACGCUUCAGUACGGAGCGCAGCCUCUGAUCUCCAAACGCUUCAUCAGGAGAGACGUUAUUGUUACUUCAUCUGUUUUGACAUGCGAGGUGGCAAAGGUAAUUUGUGCUCUAAUUCUCAUGACAAGAGAUGGUAGUCUGAAGCGGCUGUCAAAAGAGUGGACUUUGAUGGGAUCCUUGACUGCAUCAGGACUACCUGCGGCUAUAUACGCACUGCAGAAUAGUUUGCUGCAGAUCUCAUACCGGAAUCUCGAUUCCUUGACAUUCUCGAUAUUGAAUCAGACAAAAAUAUUUUUCACCGCCUUCUUUACAUACAUAAUACUAAGGCAGAAGCAAUCAAUUCAGCAAAUGGGAGCUCUGUGUUUAUUGAUCAUGGCAGCCGUCCUUCUAAGCGUGGGGGAAGGCUCUAAAAAGGGUUCAAGUGGUGGUAACCCUGACCAAGUGUUAUUUUACGGAAUUGUCCCGGUCUUGGUAGCCUCUGUCCUCUCAGGCUUAGCCUCGUCCCUAUGUCAAUGGGCAUCUCAGGUCAAGAAGCACUCGUCAUACUUGAUGACCGUGGAAAUGUCCAUUGUUGGAAGCCUAUGCUUGUUAGCCAGCACCUUCAAAUCUCCUGACGGGGAAGCAAUUAAAGAGCUCGGUUUUUUCCAUGGUUGGACCCCGUUGACCCUGAUUCCAGUCAUAAGCAAUGCGCUCGGUGGAAUUCUCGUUGGCCUUGUUACAUCCCAUGCAGGCGGCGUUAGAAAGGGUUUCGUAAUCGUCUCGGCACUCCUCGUGACAGCGCUGCUUCAGUUUGCUUUCGAAGGGAAGCCACCUUCACCAUAUUGUCUGGUGGCUCUUCCCCUUGUGAUCAGCAGCAUCUCUCUGUACCAGAAGUAUCCAUACCAAGACAAGAAGAAGAAGAAGGUCUAACUCCUACCUCUUCUUCGGCUCUUAGGUGGGAGAUUCACUGGGAAAUCUCAGUGCCAUUGCAAUCAGAUAAUGGUUUUUGGAAAAUUCUCAAGGUUAAGAGAUGGUUAGUGAAAUCUACUCAAUUUCUAAUAUAGACAAGUCUUGGAUAUUAGUUUUGGCGAUUAAGAAUGUAGGAAAGAAAGAAAGUGAUGCAUCGUUUGCCAUUUUGUUAUGCUUUUUAACUGUAAUCAGACAUAACAUGGCAUGAGCCAUUCAGGUCAACUAUAUAUAGGAUAUAUCUCCUACACAGUAUUCAGAUUUCCCUAAAACAAGAUUCA